GCGCGCACCGCCCGGCCACCGCUGCGGCUGCCGCGGCCGCGGGCCGCCCGCUGUCAGAUUGGUGAAUUUACCUGAGAAAUUGAGACUCAAGAUUAUGAGAACGUGUGACUAGGACCGAAAGCAGAUUUGCAGGUGGAGUCUUUGACUUUUUUUAAAAGACGAUGGUAAUCAGAUCUACUUGAAAAAUUCACAGCAUUGGGAGUAUUCUUUUUUCAGUUGUUUAACAUUUGGCCAUUAGAUUUCCAGAAGUUGUGCAUGAGUUCCUGUGGAGAAAGUUGGCAUCUUGGGAAGCAAAGACAGUUGUGAUGCAGUUUAUUGAUAUGAAGACAACAGGAAGCGUCAGGACAAUCAUGCUCAUAAGAACGCCAAACUGUUCAGGUCAUCCUUUUACCUUAGUGAAACUGGCGAUUGAACUUUGCUGUAGUUGAUGGGCAAAAUUUCUCUUAGACUGUUCGUCAUCCCAGUUGCAUCCUAGUUGAAUAUAUUCAAAUGCCAUAAGAAAUCUUGGUAGAUGUGCACUUAGCUUUUGGACGGACAUUUCUAUGAUGGAGAGAACUGUGUUCUAGCCUGGUCCAAGGACAUUCCCAUCCAAUGCCCAUCGACUACAGUGUGGUUAAGAUUCCAAAGAGAAGCCGCCAUCAGCAAGUUUGCAGACUCCCUGGAACAUGGAAGCCACUAAGCUCUAAAAAGCACAGCCUUGGAGACACUCCAUGAGUCUACUCGGCUUUCAGACAAAUUAGCACUUAAGACCUUCGCAUACGAAAAUGGACACUGGGGAUACAGCUCUAGGACAAAAAGCUACCUCAAGGUCUGGAGAAACUGAUAAAGUGUCAGGUAGAUGGAGACAAGAGCCAUCAGCUGUUAUUAAGAUGAGCACUUUUGGCAGUCAGGAAGGACAGAGGCAACCACAGCUAGAUCCUGAGCAGAUUGGAAGCACAGCAUCAGCACAACUGUUUGGUUCUGGAAAGCUGGCCUCACCUGGAGACGUGCUGCAGCAAGUCACCGAGAAGCAAUACCCACCGCACCGUCCGAGUCCUUACUCAUGCCAACACUCACUCUCCUUCCCUCAGCCCUCGUUGCCACAGGGGAUCAUGCACAGCAACAAGCCACACCAGAGCCUCGAAAGCCCUCCGUGGCUUUUCCCUGGCCCUUUGCCAUCAGUUGCCUCUGAAGACUUAUAUCCUUUUCCUCUCCACGGCCACAGUGGUGGUUAUCCUAGAAAAAAGAUUUCAAGUCUGAACCCUGCGUAUAGCCAAUACUCCCAGAAAAGUAUCGAACAAGCAGAAGAUGCUCACAAGAAAGAGCACAAACCCAAAAAGCCCGGCAAGUACAUUUGCCCUUACUGCAGCAGGGCAUGUGCCAAACCAAGUGUCCUGAAGAAACACAUAAGGUCCCAUACCGGUGAGCGGCCAUAUCCAUGCAUACCUUGUGGUUUCUCCUUCAAGACAAAAAGCAAUCUGUACAAGCACAGGAAGUCGCAUGCCCACGCCAUUAAGGCGGGGUUGGUACCUUUCACAGAGUCAGCCGUGUCUAAGCUUGACCUCGAGGCGGGUUUCAUUGACGUGGAAGCAGAAAUCCAUUCCGACGGCGAGCAGAGCACAGACACCGACGAGGAGAGCUCUCUCCUCGCCGAGACCUCCGACAAGAUGAGCCCCGGCCCACCCGGGAUCCCGCUGGACCUGGCCGGCCGCGGAGGCUACCACGGGUCUCUGGAAGAAUCGUUGGGGGGGCCCAUGAAGGUACCCAUCCUGAUCAUCCCCAAGAGUGGGAUCCCGCUCCCCAGCGAGAGCUCUGCGUACCUCGGCUCCGACGUGCUCCCCAAUCCGUCGUUCAACCCCAGGGCGGACGACUCUCACACGGUCAAACAGAAGCUGGCGCUGCGGCUGUCGGAGAAAAGAGGGCAAGACUCCGAGCCGUCGCUCAACCUCCUGAGCCCGCACAGCAAAGGCAGCACCGACUCGGGCUACUUCUCCCGCUCCGAGAGCGCCGAGCAGCAGAUAAGCCCGCCCAACACCAACGCCAAGUCCUACGAGGAGAUCAUCUUCGGGAAGUACUGUCGGCUGAGCCCCAGGACGGCGCUCAGCGUGACGCCCCCGGGCCCCGAGCGCGGCCCCGCGGGGAGGAAGGGCAUGGCCGAGCCCCCGCCUCCCGUCCACGCCAGGUUAGACGUCCAGAUGUUCGAAGACCCCAUCUCACAGCUGAUGUCCGGCCCGGCAGAGGCAGACCCCGGCCCGGCCGGCCUGCUGACGUCCUCCUCCGCUCGAUUCAACAGCGAGGCCAGGCAGCCCCCGCCGCUGCCGCCGCCGCCGCCGCCCUCGGUCAGGAAUGAAGGCAAGCCGUACCCCCCCAGCUUCCCCGGCGGCGGCCCCGUGCUCCUGGAAGCGCCCGUCGACUCCUCUCCCCUGAUCCGGAGCAACUCCAUGCCCACCUCUUCGGCCACCAACCUGAGCAUCCCCCCUUCCCUGCGAGGAAGUCACUCCUUCGACGAGCGGAUGACCGGGUCCGACGACGUCUUCUACCCGGGCACGGUGGGCCUGCCCCCGCAGCGCAUGCUCCGGAGGCAGGCGGCCUUCGAGCUGCCGUCGGUCCAGGAGGGGCACGCGGAGGCCGAGCACCCCGGCCGGCUCUGCCGGGCUCUCAGCGGCUCGUCCUCCAAGGAGAAGAGAUGGCUUUCCGGAGACCGCGUGGGCUACGACUACGAGGUCUGCCGGAAGCCCUACAAGAAGUGGGAGGACGCGGAGGCGCCGAAGCCCAGCUACCGCGACGCGCCUGGCUUCGGCUCCGUCCGACACGGGGUUGUCGUCGGGGACUACCUGGUGGACCCCGCGGCGGCCCUGCCCGGGGUGCCCUCCGCCUUCGGGGCUCCGGGCGAGAACCGGAAGCGGCGCAAAGAGAAGAGCGUGGGCGACGAGGAGGACACGCCCAUGAUCUGCACCCCCGGGGGCCUGCCGGCGGCCGAGUACGACCCCAAGCCACCGCCGGGGCCCGAGGCCGGCAGGGGCGGCGGCCUGGCGGGGCACGACAGCGCUUCCCCCGGGCACCUGGAGCGCUUCGACCACGGCCGGCCCCCGCUGCCCUCCGGAAGUCCGUCUCUUGGCUCCGAAGAGUCGUCGGCCACGGAUUCCGACAAGAUGUCGGACCUGGGCCGGAAGCCUGCGGGCAACGUGAUCUCCGUGAUCCAGCACACCAACUCGCUGAGCCGCCCCAACUCCUUCGAGAGGUCCGAGUCCGCCGAGCUGGCGGCCGCGGGCCAAGAGAAGGCCCCUUCCCCUUCGGAGAUGGGUGACGGCGGCGGCGAGAUUCCUGAAGCCCCGGCGAGCCCCGAGUGGGCGGCCGCCGGGGACGGCGCGGAGAGCGGGGGAACCGGGCCGAAGCCCUCCCCGCCCCGGCCCGGGCCGCCGCCGCCGCCCUGCCACGCGCAGCCGCGGCUGGUUCGCCAGCACAACAUCCAGGUCCCCGAGAUCCGCGUCACCGAGGAGCCCGACAAACCCGAGAAGGAAAAGGAGGCGCCCAGCAAGGAGCCCGAGAAGCCCGUGGAGGAAUUCCAGUGGCCCCAGCGGAGCGAGACCCUCUCCCAGCUCCCCGCCGAGAAGCUGCCGCCCAAGAAGAAGCGCCUGCGCCUGGCCGACAUGGAGCACUCGUCCGGGGAGUCCAGCUUCGAGUCCACGGGCACCGGCCUCUCCCGCAGCCCGAGUCAGGAGAGCAACCUGUCGCACAGCUCCAGCUUCUCCAUGUCUUUCGAGAGGGAGGAGACCGUGAAGCUCGCCGCCCCCCCCAAGCAGGAUGAGUUCGGGAAGCAUUCCGAGUUCCUGACCGUCCCCGCCGGCUCCUACUCGUUGUCCGUUCCGGGCCAUCACCACCAGAAAGAGAUGCGACGUUGUUCCUCGGAGCAGAUGCCUUGUCCCCACCCCACGGAAGUCCCGGAAAUCCGGAGCAAAUCCUUCGAUUACGGGAACCUUUCCCACGCCCCCGUGGCCGGGGCAUCCACCUCCACGCUGUCCCCAUCCAGGGAAAGGAAGAAAUGCUUUCUGGUGCGGCAGGCUUCCUUCAGUGGCUCUCCAGAAAUCGCACAAGGGGAAGCUGGGGUGGACCCUGGCGUCAAGCAAGAGCAGAUGGAACAACUGCACGCAGGCCUCAGAGCCACGUGGCACCCCGGCCCGUCCUCCAUGCUUCCGCCGCUUCCCACCGAGGACCCAGGCAAGCAGGGCGUGGGGCCUUGCGCUCCACUCAGCUCCGGGCCGCUCCACCUGGCCCAGCCUCAGAUCAUGCACAUGGACAGUCAGGAACCUUCCAGAAAUCCCUUGCUGCAGCCAACGUCCUACAUGACAAGUAAGCACUUAUCGGAGCAGCCACAUUUGUUUGCACAUCAAGAGACGGUUCCAUUUUCUCCAAUCCAGAGCACUCUGUUUCAGUUUCAGUAUCCUACGGUCUGCAUGGUUCACUUACCAACUCAGCAGCCCCCCUGGUGGCAGGCGCACUUCCCUCCUUCCUUUACCCAGCAUCCUCAGAAGAGCUACAGCAAGCCUUCUUUCCAGGCCGAGAUCCAUUCUAGCUAUCCCUUAGAGCACAUUGCAGAACACACUGGAAAGAAAUCUGCAGACUACGUGCACACAAAAGAGCAAACCUACCCGUGUUAUUCAGGAACAUCAGGGCUACACUCAAAGAACCUUUCUCCAAAGUUCCCGUCAGAACCCAGCAGUAAGUCCACGGAGACUCCUUCUGAGCAGCUUCUUCAAGAAGAGUUUGCCUCGGCAAAUGCUGGGCCUUUGCAGUCCCUCCCAGGAACCGUGGUGCCUGUUCGGCUCCAGACACACGUUCCUUCCUAUGGCAGUGUCAUGUACACAAGCAUCUCCCAGAUACUUGGGCAGAACAGCCCUGCAAUCGUCAUAUGCAAAGUUGACGAGAAUAUGACCCAAAGAACACUGGUCACCAACGCGGCCAUGCAAGGGAUAGGAUUUAACAUUGCCCAGGUGCUGGGGCCGCACGCGGGCUUGGAGAAAUACCCCCUCUGGAAAGUACCUCAGACUCUACCCCUUGGCUUAGAAUCCUCCAUCCCCCUAUGUUUACCUUCCACCUCAGACAGUGCCGCCUCUCUGGGAGGUAGCAAGCGGAUGCUGUCUCCAGCCAGUAGCUUGGAACUCUUCAUGGAAACAAAGCAGCAAAAACGGGUCAAAGAAGAGAAGAUGUACGGACAGAUAGUUGAGGAGCUCAGUGCGGUGGAGCUCACCAACUCGGACAUCAAGAAGGGCCUCUCCCGCCCCCAGAAACCCCAGCUGGUUCGACAAGGGUGUGCCUCUGAGCCAAAGGAUGGCUUGCAGUCUAGGUCAUCUUCCUUCUCCUCCCUGUCACCUUCCUCAUCUCAAGACUAUCCAUCUGCCAGUGGGCCAUCCAGGGAGCCAUUCCCUCCCAGCAGGGAGCUGCUUUCUGGUUCCAGAGCGCCCCCUUCUGGGCAGAAGUCCAGAAGGCUUUCAGAUAGCAGAGAGUCCUCCGAUGAAUUAGAUAUUGAUGAGACAGCCUCAGACAUGAGCAUGAGUCCUCAAAGUUCUUCACUGCCAAUGGGAGAUAGUCAGCAAGAAGAAGAAGGGAAGGGCCGGAAGAUGCCCGUUGGCAUGUUGGUCCACGUGGCUUCUGGCCCUGGCGGGAAUGUGGCAAACUCCACACUUCUUUUCACAGAUGUGGCAGAUUUCCAGCAGAUUCUUCAGUUCCCCAGUCUGCGGACAACAACUACUGUGAGUUGGUGCUUCUUGAAUUAUACAAAACCCAAUUUCGUCCAACAGGCCACCUUCAAAUCUUCGGUUUAUGCUUCAUGGUGCAUUAGUUCUUGUAACCCCAACCCAUCAGGAUUGAACACCAAGACUACACUGGCUCUUCUGAGGUCCAAGCAAAAAAUCACAGCAGAAAUUUACACUCUGGCUGCUAUGCACAGGCCGGGAACUGGCAAGCUUACAUCAUCUGGCGCUUGGAAACAGUUUGCACAGAUGAAACCCGAUGCAUCUUUUAUAUUUGGCAGCAAACUAGAAAGGAAAUUAGUGGGGAAUAUCUUAAAGGAAAGAGGGAAAGGAGAUAUUCAUGGAGAUAAAGAUAUUGGAUCAAAACAAACUGAGCCAAUACGAAUUAAAAUCUUUGAAGGAGGGUAUAAAUCAAACGAAGAUUAUGUAUAUGUGAGAGGACGUGGGCGAGGAAAGUAUAUUUGUGAAGAAUGUGGGAUUCGCUGUAAGAAACCAAGCAUGCUGAAAAAACACAUACGCACGCAUACAGAUGUUCGGCCUUAUGUAUGCAAGUUAUGUAACUUUGCCUUCAAAACGAAAGGAAACCUAACAAAACAUAUGAAAUCUAAAGCACACAUGAAAAAAUGCCUGGAGUUGGGAGUAUCGAUGACAUCGGUGGAUGAUACAGAAACUGAGGAAGCAGAAAAUAUGGAAGAUUUGCACAAAGCAGCUGAGAAGCAUAGUAUGUCCAGCAUUUCAACUGACCACCAGUUCUCAGAUGCUGAGGAAUCGGAUGGUGAAGACGGAGAUGAUAAUGAUGACGAUGAUGAAGAUGAUGAUGACUUUGAUGACCAGGGAGAUUUGACACCAAAAACAAGAUCGAGAAGUACCAGCCCUCAGCCUCCCAGAUUCUCCUCCUUGCCUGUGAAUGUUGGCACCGUACCCCAUGGAGUUCCUUCUGACAGUUCCCUGGGACAUUCUUCCUUGAUCAGCUAUUUGGUGACUCUGCCAAGUAUUCAGGUUACUCAGCUUAUGACACCCAGUGACUCGUGUGAAGAUACUCAGAUGACAGAAUACCAGAGGUUAUUCCAGAGCAAAAGUACAGAUUCGGAACCAGACAAAGACAGGUUGGACAUCCCCAGCGUCAUGGAUGAGGAAGGCAUGCUAUCUUCAGAGCCCAGCUCUUCCCCAAGGGACUUCUCCCCCUCGAGCCGCCAUUCCUCACCUGGAUAUGAUUCUUCUCCCUGUCGAGAUAAUUCGCCAAAGAGGUAUCUGAUACCCAAAGGAGAUUUGUCACCUCGAAGACAUCUAUCACCUCGACGAGAGCUGUCACCCAUGAGACAUCUGUCACCAAGAAAGGAAGCUGCACUGAGGAGAGAGAUGUCUCAGAGGGAUGCUUCCCCGAGAAGGCAUUUGUCUCCCAGGAGGCCAUUGUCUCCUGGGAAAGACAUCACAGUGAGAAGAGACCUCUCUCCCAGAAGAGAGAGAAGAUACAUGACUACCAUAAGAGCACCGUCCCCCAGAAGGGCUUUAUACCACAACCCACCAUUAUCCAUGGGGCAGUAUUUGCAAGCAGAACCAAUUGUAUUGGGGCCUCCUAACUUAAGAAGAGGAUUACCUCAGGUUCCUUACUUCAGUCUCUAUGGAGACCAAGAAGGUGCUUAUGAACAUCCAGGCUCCAGCCUUUUCCCUGAGGGUCCUACUGACUAUGUCUUUAGUCAUCUUCCACUUCACUCUCAACAACAAGUGCGAGCUCCUAUCCCCAUGGUGCCAGUUGGUGGGAUCCAAAUGGUUCACUCCAUGCCGCCCGCCCUUUCUGGUUUACAUCCUCCACCCACCUUGCCUCUGCCCGUGGAGGGCUCCGAGGAGAGGAAAGGAGGAGGGCUAGGGGAGCCCUUCCUGAAGGACCCCUAUGCUCUCUCCAGGCCGCGGGAGAAGCGAGCCCCUCACAUUCUGUCGGCAUCGGGUCUGCCCACCACUUCCUCCUCUCCUCGGCUAUUGAUGAAGCAGAGCACUUCGGAAGAUAGCCUAAAUUCGACAGAGAGGGAACAGGAAGAAAACAUCCAGACUUGUACAAAAGCCAUUGCCUCUCUCCGGAUUGGCACAGAAGAGGCAGCCCUGCUGGGGGCCGAUCAGCCAGCCCGGGCGCCCGAUCCCCUCCAGAAACCCUUGGAAAGUGCACACGCUAGCAUUAGACACUUUAGUGGGCCUGAGCCAGGUCAACCCGGUACCUCAGCCUCCCACCCUGACUUGCAUGAUGCUGAAAAGGACAACUUUGGUACAUCCCAGACUGCAUUAGCUCCCCCCACGUUUUACAGUCAGAGUUGUGUGGACCAGGGCCCAUCGGACUUUGACAGAAGCGAGGAAUUUCCUUCAAGCACAGAGGAAGGCAAGGGACCUUCAAAGAAGAGUCAGCUACCUUGAUGGAAGAUGCAUGGGAACUUUCAUUUUUCACAUUUCCCCCUCUUUCUGUUUUUGUUUUUCUAGGAAUAGAGGUAAUCAAGUUUAUAGCAUGCCUGUCCUAAGUUACGGUAGUUUGCUCUUAUAUAUACUUUUGUUAUUUCAAAAGAAUUAGGGAAAUUAACACGUCAUCAUGAGCCUGACCAAAACAAAAUUUGAAAUUAACCUAUUGGGUCUGGUACUUUUAAAAUUGUACAGAUGUUUGUGCCUUUUCUUUACUUUGCUUAUAUUCUUAUAAGCAUUUUUUAGCAGUACUUUGUACAUAUUUUAGAAUUUGUGUAUCUGCUUUGUAAUAAAUGUAAUUUCUUUCCUUUUUUGGACACUUGGAUCGAAAUGAUGUAAAGCAAAACAGCAUCAAUAUAUAUGUGAGGUUGCACUAAAACAUAUUUUUAUAUGAUAAAAACUGAACAGCUUUUAUGUACAGCUCUGAUUCUGUAAUACUAAUAUUUAUUUACUUUGUUUCAUAAAUUAUACAUUUUUUCUUAAUGUUGUGGAUUGCUUUUCUAUGUGAAGCAUGGGAUUUACUGUUGCGUAACUAGAACAAAAAUGUACAUUGUAAACAAGAUAUUUAAACUAGAGUAUCUUAUUAUGCACUUAUGCAUUAGUUACAAGAAAAAAAAGAUAAAGGAUGUAUCAGUCAGUUCUUGUAAAUUUUUUUGUCUAUUGUUUGCUGGAUUGACUAUAACUUAAGUGCUGAUUGUGAUUUUAAACUGAUAGUACCGUACAGCAUUAAAGUAAACAAUGUGCUAUUGUGAGUUUUUUCAAAGCUUUAUAAAUCAGUUAUAAAUAAUAUUAAAAGUAUUUGGUCUUACGUGAACAUGUUGAUCUAUAUACUCAUCUAAAAUAUGGGAAAACAUUCCACCCCAUGUAAAUAUGUACAAGUGCAUCACUGGUACAAUUUUAUGUAACUCAAUUGGACACUAGGUUGCCACAGACCUAUGCUAGGGUGUCUUUAGAAAUCAAAGUGACAGAGCACAUGGGACUGUGGUAGAGCUUGGUUAUCGGCCGGCCCGGUGGCUUGGCAGGCAGUGCCGUGCGCUGCCCAUGGAGGAGACCUGAGGUUAGCAAUCUCCUUGGUUCUUGCAGCACAGGGUGGCAACUGUAACUAAGGAUACAUGGAGGGGUUGGGCUUGGACUCUGAGGGCUGAAUGUGGAAGCCAGGAAGGGGGCGGAGACCCGCUCCCAGACCCUUCCCACCGGCCUGUCCACAAGGUAACAGGGUGAACACCAGCGUUAGGAGAAGUCCCCUUACCCUUUUGAAUGGGGUAAAGUGUCACGCUCCUGGCUGUCUCAGGGGGAAUGGAGAAGAGAAGUUUUCAUGGAAGAGAAACUUUUGGAAAGAUGAUGCUUUUUGUAUUUAACAUUUCAGAAUGGCUUUUGAUGUGUGUCAAAGAUGGAAAGAUUCUUUGUAGGUCUGGAAGUACAGAGGGAGUGACACAGCAACGUGUACAUGCACGCACACGUGUGUGCACGCACACACAAUCUGGGUUAUCUUUGUGCUAUAUAGUGGAUUAUAAUUCUGUGAAACCAAGUUUGUAUAUUGAAUUACAUUAAGGAGUGUUCUUUAAAAAGAGAAAUAAAUAUACAAUUACAUGCUU